AUGGCGGCCGCGCUCCACCUCGACGCGGCGCCCGAGGCCGGCGACUUCUUCUUCGGCAAUGUGCUGGGCCAGGGCUCCUACGCCAAGGUUUUCCACGCGCAGAUGAAGCAGAACCGCAUGGACUUCGCCGUGAAGGUGAUGGACCAGAGCUUCAUCCGCAAGGAGAACAAGACGGCCUUCGUGCUCACGGAGCGCAAGGUCAUGUCGCGCCUCACGCACCCGAACAUCGUCAAGUUCUACUGCAGCUUCCGCGACCACCACAGCUUGUACCUGGUCGUGGAACUCUGUCGCGGCGGCGACCUCUUUGGGCUCAUCAGCAAAGAGUACCAAAAGCAGCAGGAGCUCGGCGUCUCGGACACUGCGUGCUCGCUAGAGCUGACGCGGUUCUACGUGGCGGAGCUGGUGAACGCACUUGAAUACAUGCACACUCAGCAUGUCAUCCACCGAGACAUCAAGCCCGACAACUUGCUCCUUAGUGAGGAUGGACAUCUGAAGGUGACGGAUUUUGGCUCCGCAAAGGAUCAAGACUGCGAGAGUGGCGAGGUGUGUCAGUUCUGUGGCACGGCUUCCUACGUUUCUCCGGAAGUUUUGCACGACAAGCCGGCUGCGAGAGCAGCAGAUCUGUGGGCAUUGGGCUGCCUAAUUUUCCAGAUGUUUACUGGCCGAGCACCAUUCGUUGGUGAAAACGAUUACCUGACUUUCCAAGUGAUUAUCAACCACUCGAGCGACGAGUUCGAGUUUCCAAGCAGUGUGCCCGAAGCUGCACAGGACCUUAUCCGGAAACUUCUCGUGCAGGACCCCGAUGAGCGCAUCGGUGCACAGCAAAACGAAGAGGGCUACGCCGAGCUGAAGAACCACCCGUUCUUCGAAGGCAUCGAAUGGGAUGACCUCGGCGAUCAGACUGCCCCGUACAACCCUCCCGAGCUCGUUUUGCCUGAGCCGAAGCUGGAUGGUGCAUCGGAGAACUGGACCGUUGCUGAGUACUUUUCGGACGAUUUCUCAGAGAGCACCUCGAGCGAUUUCAGCAAACGUUCGCGUAGCAGCAGUUCACUGCUGAAAAAUCGGCCAGCUUGCAUCGCAUACGAUGAGCAGAUCCGGUUUGAAUCCACCGUCAAGGUCCACUCCAAAAUGUUCAGCCGGACUCGUGAGCUCUACCUCACAGACGCCCCGCGCUUGGUUGUGAUCAGCUCGUGGUCCGGCCGCUUCAAGCGCGAGGUGUUCCUGACGCCUGGCACCACUGUGAACGAGAUCGACCCCCACACGUUUGACGUUGUAUCGCGGUCAGAUACGAUCCGAAUCACUGACUCCAGCAACCUCGCACAGCAGUGGGCGCGUGCCAUCGCGGAGGCUGUCUCGGAGUAG